AUGCUUUUAGUCGCAUCGCACAAAGUAGAUCCUGACAAUCGGGUAAUUGUCUACUUUGCGGAUGAGACCAAGAAGACCGGCGUGAAGCCGAUCAGAGAGCUCACGGAGCGGAUGGAGGAACGAAAUAUCCAGAGGGCGAUUUUGGUUACUCAGAACGUCCUGACAGCCUUCGCCAGAGAUGCGAUUAGCGAGGCAGCUCCGCGGCACAUAAUAGAGAACUUCAUGGAAUCGGAGUUGUUGGUUGUCAAAAUCAUCCGACCCAGCGAAACGGCGGGACGACGGGCGGAACUCAGCGAAUGCGCGCGGUGUGGCUACUUUUGCGUCUCGAACUUCGCAAGUGAUCUCGCGAGGGAGCUGCCGCCGGGCCUGGACUUGGCGCCGGCCCUCACAUUCUGUGUAGAGGAGGCACUGUGGAACAUGCAGAAUGAUAUCCAGGGAAUCACUCAACUCUAA